AUGGGGCUGCUGUCGGACCCCCAGUGCCGACGGGCGCUCGCCUGCCUCGUCCUGCGCCUCAACAACCCCCUCUGUUCCCCCAGCGCCCUGAGCUACGCCCUGGGUCUCGCCUGGUUCCUGGCGCUGCCGCCGGCGGCGCCGCGCACCCACAUCUCGGAGAACGCCAUGGGUUCCACCAUGGUGGAGGAGACCUUCAGCGGCGGCGCCCGCGCCAUCGCCUUCGCCCGCGAUUUCGCCGCCCACAAGAAGAAAACGGGGGCUCUGCCGGUGGCUUGGUUGGAGAAGACCAUGUGGAGUUUGGGUUUGGAGGUCCACCAACAGACGUUCGCCUGUACGCUGCCCUUCCCGGAUGAGGCCCGUGAGCGAUAUUUGGUGAAGGGCACCAACGUGUAUGGGAUCCUGCGGGCGCCGCGCGCCGCCAGCACCGAAGCGCUGGUCCUGAGCGCCUCCUGCGCCGACGGAGCCACCAACAACCACGGAGUGGGGCUCCUCCUCGCCCUCGCCGGAACCUUCCGCGGCCAGAUCUUCUGGGCCAAGGACAUCAUCUUCCUGGUGCACGAGCACGACCUUCUGGGCAUGGAAGCGUGGCUCCAGGGCUACCACGACGUCAACCUCACCGAGAUGAGUUCUUCGGGAACGCCGGGUCGGGCGGGAGCCAUCCAAGCGGCCAUCGCUUUGGAGCUCAGCAGCGACGUGGUGACCAGCUUGGACGUGGCCGUGGAAGGGCUCAACGGACAACUUCCCAACUUGGAUCUUCUUAACCUCUUCCAUGCUUUCUGCCAGAAAAAUGGGCUCCUCUGCACCAUCCAGGGGAAGCUCCCUCGCUCCGAGUGGGAUUCGUUGCCCGCCUACACCCACAGCCUUCAGACUCUUCUCCUCAUGGUCUUGGCUCAGGCCUCGGGGCAACCGCGCGGCAACCACGGCCUCUUCCUCCGCUAUCGCAUCGAGGCCCUCACGCUCCGCGGAAUCAACAGUUUCCGGCAGUACAAGUACGACAUGACCACCGUCGGCAAGACCUUAGAAGGAAUGUUCCGGAAGCUCAAUAACCUCCUGGAACGUCUACAUCAGUCGUAUUUCUUCUAUCUGUUGCCUUCGCUCUCCCGGUUUAUCUCCAUCGGGGUCUACAUGCCGGCGUUUGGGUUCCUCAUCCUGGUCCUCAUCCUGAAGGCUCUGGAGCUCUGGAUGAAGCUCAAUAAGUGGGAACCGGGCAGCGGCGAACGGCUCUGCGACGGCAGCGGCGGGGCGGGAGAGGAGCCGCUGCCGGGACUGCUGCCGCUGGUGCCGCCGGUUCUGGUCUCUCACGCCGCCGGCGUCGCCAUUUACUUCUUGCCGGUCCUCGGCCAACACAUCGCCACCCAACACUUCCCGGUGGCCGAAGCCGAAGCCGUGGUGCUCACCGUCAUCGCCAUCUACGUGGCCGGCAUGGCCCUGCCCCACAACACCCACAGAUCCGCAUCCUGCGGGGAUCGGGGUUGGAUGGCGCUGAAGCUGUUGAGUAUCCGCGAUGGAUUUUGGG